UAAAAAGGUACAGUUGCAUUUUUUUAAUGCAUAUUUAGGAGAUACAGAAGUUGUUUCAGUUGGCAUGAGAUAUCCUAUAUAUGUUAUCAAUUGGUCGCCAUAUUGUCGAAAAAGUGUCCAUUUUUAAAUGGACAUAUGACAGUUAGUUUCUUUCCGAUCUCGUUUAUAUUGCUCACCUCAAUAAUUUCUUACUAAAUUUACAAUAUUUUAUAUAUAUAAUUUCAUAUAUAAUAUAACACCACAUAUUUUUUUGUCACGCAGUUGAACCUAUCAUACCAAGCUAUCACUACGCUAUCUAUAUAUUUGUAAACUGCAUUAAAAUGUGCAGGGACCUUCAACAUCGCAUUCCAACAGUUUACUACAACCCCUAUAUAUUUUAGUAGGUAUGUGUUGUGGGCAGAUUCUUUUACUUUUUUGAAGUUAUAUUAUGGGAAAUGUAUCAAGAUAAUAACUAUAGAUAUGUGUGUGAAAAAAUUCAAUCGUAUGUAGUCAAUCUAAUAAUACUAAAGCUAAGAAACAGCCUUUUACAAUACUGUUCCCGUAAUUAAUUUUUAUUGAAAUAAACAGAUGUUAAUAAUCUCAAUAUAAAAUGAAGUAUUCGAGCGUUCAAGUAGAUGUUUACGAGGUAGAUUUGCCUCAAAACCACCUCCCAGAUCUUAUGUAUGAUAACAUGACGGAAUCUGCUAAUGAAACCAUAGAAUUAGUUUGUGAAAAUUCUCAUGAAGAAAGUUCUAUGGUUUCUAAUCUUCCACUUCUAUUUGCUGAUGGGUAUCCAACUUCUUUAGAAAAAAUGACAUUGACACAAUUAGAAAGUUUUGUAACAUUUAUGAUUGAGUGUUCAUCAGGACAUGAUAUUAACGAAGUUAUAAAUAAACCAGCAUGGUGGCCUGAAGAAAUAAAAUUUUCUAAUCCUCUAAUACGACCUAAAAAGUUAACAGAUAAUUGGAUGGCAAGUCUAAAAAAAAUAGUGCUCAGAUGUUAUGCAUAUCAUAAAAGUGAAUAUUUGUUACGUUUUUGUUCAUUUCUUGCACGAUAUUCACACGAAGAAUUAGACUAUGUUAAUAAUUGGGAUUCCACUACUAGUUUAUAUCACAAAAGUACUAGUAAACUCUUAGUAACAUUCCGUAAUGAGAAUAUGAAUUAUGAUAAAAAGAAUGAAAAUCCAAGAAAAACAUUACUUUUUCAUAAUGGAAUUACAUCCAAUUUUGCUAAUAAAUCUAAACAACAAACACAGUCUUUUAUGAUGGUUCAACCACCUUGCGAUGACAUAUAUCUUUGCGACAACUGUGACGCAGAAUUCGUUGGACUUGAAAAAAUGAAGGAACAUGAGCUGAUUUGUUGUUCACAACAAUAUCACGAAAGCAACAGCUCACGACCCAACACACCAGACUUCUCUGUCGUUCAACCAGAAACAGACCAAAAUGAAUUUUUAGAAUAUUUUAAAUUACGUUCGAGAGAAAAAGAAGGCGAAGUAACUGUGUCGAAUAAAAGUGAAGCGAUUAAUAAUACGUGUAUAGUAACUAGAACCUCGUCUCGUGUUAGAGGAUCAAUUAAUUUAACUAAAUCUCGAGCGAUUCCAUUUUCUUCACCUGCUGGUAUGAUAUUAGCCAAAAAAUCCAAGACAAUGACUGAAGAAACACAACAAGAACGAUUAGAAAGAAUAGAAAGGCAUGUACUUGCACCACCUGUAACAAGUUCGUGUAGACCAAAAUGGUUAGAUAAAGAAGAUGAACGUGAUAAGUGGGUUACAACAUAUAAAUUCAGUCGAGAUAAACAAAUUGAUUAUGUACAUCAAUAUAAGUUUGCUGAUGCUUUAAAAGGAAAACCAAUUUUGGAUAUAAAAUCGCAAAUUCUAUAUGCUGCUUGUCGACCCGUCUUUGUUACUCUCACGAAAUUAAAUCAAAAACAAAUAGAAGAUUAUAAGCAAAAUUCUUUCAAACAUCGAAAUUCUUCUACGAGACGAUCAUAUAUAAAGGCUGGACCUGCAUCCAAAACUAAAUUAAAGACAUUGGAAGAAGUACCAGUUAAGAAAAUGAUAACAGAAAAAAGUAUGCCAAUAACACCAUCUAAUACACCAUUUGUUACAUCUGUUAAUAAUUAUUCUGAAAACAAAUCAGUCAUUAAAGACAGUACAAAUGAAAUAACAGAAAUAACAUAUUCAGUAAAACAGAAAUCAAUUAUGGUUAUUGAUCUUUGUUCAUCCGAUGAAGAAGAAAUUGAGAAGACACUUAAAUCUGAUGAAAAUCGGGACCCAAUGAAUUCUAUACUCGCAGAAAAUUCAUUACCUACUUUAUCACCGAAUAAAGUUUGUUCAAAAGCUUGCAUUUAUCCUGCAAAUUCAGCCAAUCAUUGGUUAAUGCAAAGUAUUUUUAGCGAAGAUAAUGAAAAUCAUGUAAACCGAUGUCACAUCGGUGGCGUUUUAAACACAUGCAUCAAAAUUUCUCCUGUACUAAGACCAGCACCAUAAAAUAUAAUAGAAUAUUUUUAUUUUAAAUACGUUUUAAUUAAUAUCAAUAUUUAUUGUUUUUACAUUAUAUGAAAAAUAUGAUUAAAAAAUUACUUUUUGUUAUAUUAACAUUGACUCCAUAAUACUUUUUAUAGCAAUGAUUUGAAGAGUUUAUUAUUACUUAUAGCAUUGUAGAGAAUAUACAUUAGUAAUAUAUUGAUUUGAAAUUCUUUUAUCUCGUUUUAUAUAUAAAGAAAAAAAUUUUGAAAAAAGGAAAGAAAGAAAGAAAAAGUGACUUUAUUAUCUUUUUACAAAUGCGUAACAUCACAAAAAAAAACGAAAAGAAACUUGCGGUCUUUGAAAACAAAGUCUUAAAACCAAUUUUUAGCGCAAGAAAGUAUGAAAUCUGCGAAGAAUUUAGGAAAUUACAUAAUUUCGAGAUGACGGAAUUAUAUAACUUUUUAAAUAUCGUAAGAGUAGUAAAGCGCGACAAUUACAAUAGGCAGAACACGUAGCAUACAUGAAGGGAUAAAAGAAUGACACAUAGAGUAUUGUUAGGAAAACUGAAUAACAAAAGGUCAUUAAGAAGACCUUUAAUAAGAAUGUUUCUAAGAAGAAACAUUAAAUUCUAUCUAAGGAAAAUCGCUCGUUUAGAUACACCGUGGACAGAACUCGCGUAAAACCGAGAGGAAUAACGUUCUUGUGUUGAAGUGGUAAUAAAGUUUCGAGUUCGAAACGCCAUAUAAAAAAAAAAAA